AUGCUCCCAAGGAUCACUGCUCUUGUCAGCACUUCGCUGCUGGUGCUUAGCGCCUCAACACCAGGAGGGUCGCAACAGUCUGGCGGGACUACUGUGAAUUACACUGCAAGCCUUGGCAACAGUACCCAGUGCCUCAACGAGAUCAAUGCUGCCCGAGAGGCAGCAGGGUUGUCCGAUUUUGCAGAGGCUAUAAACACAAACAAAUUGCCUUCCCCCGGAAGCGAUCCGCUAACAGAAGAUAGCGAAUGGCUGAAAUUGUGUAAACACCUGGUACCAACAAAGGAAGCAAGUGAUCAAGUUGAAUCACACGCAGAUAGUCCGUUCAAGGAUGGGACUUACGCUUUCAAAUCCCUAACAUCCGAGCAACCGGACUGCAAGAGUAUAGUCGACUCCUGGAAAGCAGCAUUCAAAAACUUCACGGGGCUCCCACCCUCACAGAAUCAAGCUGCAGGCCUGUACGACAAUCAAGACAACGUUUCCUUCGUAGCCCUCUAUAACCCUCAAUCCACUGCCACAGCAGACUGUCAAGUCGCCACUUGCACGAAGACGACAAGCGCUGCUCCAUCAACUCUCAGCGACAGUUCAGUACCGACUCCAGAGAAGGGUUAUGCGCUACUUUGCAAGACAAUGCCAACUGCUUUUCAAAAUGCAGAGACUGCACCAUUUACGCAGGAUCAGUGGAAUAUGAUUACCUCCUCUCUCACGGGUUCAACAACAACCGCAGGCCCACAGCUCAUUAUUUUCGUUACUGUAGCACUUGGCAUGAUGACCCUGUAA